CAUAUCACGGAAGUAGCAAGCCCUUGUCCCACACAACUUUUCAUCCUCAGUGAGGACGAUACUCUCUGCUGUCACCAGCAAGACUGGAAACAGAGAACUUGAUCAAAGUCUGCAUUCCUGUGUUGUUGUUUUUCUUUUAGAACAAAGAGUUUGAGAUGCGAAUUUUUUUUUAAGGCAAGCACUAUCUUGUCUAUUUGCUUUGAGAAAUAAGUUGUCAGAGUAUCUGCUCUGUGCCAAUAAGACAGAACACAGUUGAGAUCUACCGACUUCAGCCUUCUACCUAGUGGCCUAGAAAUUCCAGUGUUCUCAUUGGCAGAGGCCAUUUACUUCUGUUUGAAAGCUGUCUAAAAAUCCUACUCCUCACCCCAAAGGAAGCUACAGGGUGCCAUGGCCAGGCGAGUCGCAGUGAUUGGGGCGGGUGUGAGCGGCCUGUCCUCCAUCAAGUGCUGCUUGGAUGAGGAUCUGGAGCCCACCUGCUUUGAGAGAAGUAAUGACAUCGGGGGACUAUGGAAGUUUACUGAAACUUCUAAAGAUGGGAUGACCAGGGUCUACAGGUCAUUAGUGACAAACGUCUGCAAAGAGAUGUCAUGUUACAGCGACUUCCCCUUCCAAGAAGAUUAUCCAAAUUACAUGAACCAUGGAAAAUUUUGGGACUAUCUCCAAGAAUUUGCUGAGCACUUUGACCUUCUGAAAUACAUUCGGUUUAGGACCACAGUAUGCAGUGUCACGAAGCGUCCAGACUUCUCUGAAACUGGUCAGUGGGAUGUUGUCACAGAAACAGAGGGAAAGCGGGACCGAGGUGUCUUUGAUGCUGUCAUGGUUUGCACUGGACAUUUCCUGAAUCCUCACUUGCCUCUGGAGUCCUUUCCUGGUAUUCAUAAAUUUAAAGGCCAGAUCCUGCACAGUCAGGAAUAUAAGAGCCCAGAAGGCUUUCAAGGCAAACGCGUGUUAGUGAUCGGUCUUGGGAACACUGGAGGGGACGUGGCAGUGGAACUCAGUCGAACAGCAGCUCAGGUACUUCUCAGUACUAGAACCGGUGCCUGGGUUAUCCACCGCUGUUCAAAUGGGGGUUACCCCUAUAAUAUGGUGAUUGCAAGAAGAUACCUUAAUCUUAUGGCGCAAGUUCUGCCCUCGUGUGUACUAAACUGGAUUCAAGAGAGGCAAAUGAAUAAAAGAUUUAACCAUGAGAAUUAUGGAUUAAGUAUUACAAAGGGGAGAAAACCAAAAUUCAUUGUGAAUGAUGAACUGCCAAUCUGUAUCCUCUGUGGGAUGGUCACUAUGAAAACCAGCGUGAAGGAGUUCACGGAAACCUCUGCUGUCUUUGAGGAUGGAACAGUGGAGGAAAACCUCGACGUUGUGAUCUUUACGACAGGAUACACAUUUUCUUUUCCCUUCCUUGAAGAGCCUCUCAAAAGCCUUUGUACAAAGAAGAUAUUCCUGUAUAAGCAGGUCUUUCCUUCAAACCUAGAGAGGGCAACAUUAGCUAUCAUUGGCCUCAUCAGCCUUAAAGGAUCCAUCUUAUCAGGCACAGAGCUCCAGGCACGUUGGGCCACAAGAGUAUUCAAAGGACUCUGUAAGAUACCUCCGUCUCCAAAAUUGAUGGCUGAGGCUAUGAAAAAGGAGCAGCUCAUAGAAAGGGGUGUGAUGAAAGACAUCAGUAAAGACAAACUUGAGUACAUCACCUACAUGGAUGACAUUGCCGCAUGCAUAGGCACAAAGCCCAGUGUCCCAUUUCUGUUCCUCAAGGAUCCCAGACUCGCUUGGGAAGUUUUCUUUGGACCGUGUACUCCUUAUCAGUACCGCCUAAAGGGACCUGGGAAAUGGGAUGGAGCCAGAAAUGCCAUCCUGACCCAAUGGGACAGGACACUGAAACCCUUAAAAACUCGAAUCGUCCCUGAUUCCACCAAGCCUGCCUCCAUGUCACAUUAUUUAAAAGUUUGGGGGGUACCUAUCCUACUUGCCUCUCUUCUGCUGAUCUGUAAAUCUUCACUUUUUCUGAGGUUGGUGCAAGAAUUUCCUCUUACCAGUAAGUAUUUGGUGAGGAUGAAUCUGAUUGGUUACAAGGGUUGUCCCGAGCCAUAUUAAUUCUAUCUCCAAAUAUUUGUGCAUCCCUCCUCUCCUCUCCAUCAUAACCACUAUCUUUCAAAUUCAAGUCCAGUCAUCUCUUACCUGAAUUAUUAUACUUACUGCCUUCCUCUCUAGUCUCAGUGCCUCCUUUCUUGCCUCCCUUUCCGAUCCAUACCCUACUCUGCUACCUAAGCAAUUAUGUAAAAUAAAAAUAUUGUCAUUGUUUCCAUAAAAAUGCUGAUUGGAAUAAGAUGACACUCAAAUUAGUUAAUUUGGUGGAAAUUUUAAUAUAGAGAUUACUACAAAAGGUUUGGGCAGACUGUAAGGAAAUCAUAGGGAUAAUGAAAUACUCCCAGACUAGUAACAAUGAGAUAUUUUUACCAUUCUGAGGCCUAAUGAGGCAAGAGGAGAAAACAAUUAUAAAUGAGACAGAGAGACUUCUUUGUGGAGAGGGCUACACCUCAAGAGUUACAGCCUUCAGCUGACAGAUGAAGGCAGUCCAUGGUGACCCCAAAAGUGCAAAGCUUGGGAAUACAUUCCCUAAGUUUAUUUUCUUCCCUCCCUCUGAUCCCCUGCCCAUGCUCCCCAAUGGCCUAACCCAGCCAAAACUCAAAGGGCAAGGUUACCAACUAUUGUGGAUUGAAUUGUGCCCCUCAAAAAGUUAUAUGCAAGUCCUAACCCCUGGUACCUAUACCUUGUUUGAAAAUAGGAUCUUUGUGAAUGUAAUCAAUUUAAGAUGAGAUCAUACUGAAGUAGGGUGAGCUAAAUGCAAUAUGAUUGGUGUCCUUAUCAAUGAGGAUAAGACACACCAACAGAGACACGGGGGGAAAUGUUGUGUGAAGACGAGCAGAGGUCGGAGUGAUGCAUCCACAAGCUAAGGAUGGCCCAAACACUGGAAGCUAGGAGAGAAGCACGAACAGACUCUCCCCCAGAACCUCCCGAGGAAAUCAAUCCCGCUAACACCUGGGUUCCAGACUUCCAGCCUCCAGGACGGUGAAUGAACAAGCCACCUGGUUUGUGGUAUUUUGUGGUGGCAAUCCUAGGAAACUAACAUACCGACUGAUGCCAUCCACGGAAGUCGGCCUCCUAAAGUACAGAUGGAGCAAAGACAAUGGAGAGCAUAUAUGGAAGGGCAGACAGAAAGGACCCAGUGCAGACUGUUUACUAUCCUUCACAAUUUCUCCUUUGAUUAGAGAUAAUCGUCCAAAUUACUGAACCUGGAAGAGGAGACCCUUUGUGAUGUGACCGCAUUUGCCCAGGUCGCCAGAGUCCUGUCCUACAGCUUCCCCCACUCCACUCUGGACCUACCAUCCAACACUACCGAACUGUCAGCUGCGCCAUACCUCCUCUCUUUGGCACAAGGCAUUGCCUCCAUUGGGAACUCGAAUCCACCCCAACUCUCUUUCAAGAGAGAGGUCGAUUGUCUCCCUCUGUGAAGCCUUCCCUGGAUCCUUAAAGCAGAGUCGACCUCCCAUUCGUAAUGACUGCCCUUCAUGUGCUGCUUUGUCAUUGCCCUUUUCUUACUGUCAUGUACAGUUGACCCUUGAACAAUGCAGGUUUGAACUGCAUGGGUCUACUUAUAUGCAAAUUGUUUUCAAUAAAUACAGUUCAGUCCUAUAAGUAUGUUUUCUCUUACGAUUUUCUUCAUAACAUUUUCUUUUCUCUAUUACUUUAUAGGAAUACAGUCUAUCAUGCAAAUAACACACAAAAUAUAUGUUGAUUGACUUUAUGUUAUCAGGAUGGCUUCCGGUCAACAGUAGGUGAUUAGUGUACUAGUAGAGUUAGAUUUUGGGGGGAAUGAGAAGUUAUACAGAUGUUUUACUGGGCAGUGCUGUGUUGUUUAAGGAUCAACUGUAACAUUCUUUUUGUGUCUGUCUCCUAACAAAUGAGAAGUUACUGAGGGGAGUUGUGUCUUGUUCAGCUAAAACACUGCCUGAUCCAAAAUAUUGCUAAAUAAAUAUUUGGUGGCUUA